AUGCCGAUCGCCCCGGCUUGCGCAUCUUCAUUGUGGAUGUAUGGUCCCGUGGUGGAGGUGUGGUCCAUUGCUGUCAUUCAUUGUCGAAACCGUCAUAUAUUCGAUAUCCAUCAGCAUUCACGCACUACCCCAUUGCUCCUCCUCCUCCUCCUCCUCCUCUCGCUAUGUGCUUCCCCCGUGUCCGCGCAAGGGGAGCUCGCUUUAGGGCCACUCCCGCCCUCCAUCAACGUCUGUACUCAAACCGCCAUCUCCUGGCGCGGAGGCACUCCCCCCUACACCCUCAACGUUCUCCCUGAGAGUUCAAGCAGCACUCCGGCCGGUAACGAAACUAUACAUGGGAUCAAGGUCCAGACGUACGACUGGAUCGCGGACCUUGCCCCAGGCACGAAGGUCAAGCUCUCUGUCACCGACUCGACAGGCGCCUCGGUGUCGGACGACCUCUCCGUCUCGAACAACACGCUCAGCUCGUGCGUCGGACGAGAGGUGAACGCGGACGCGAGCUACGGCGUCGCCCUCGCCACCCUCACUGAUCAGCCACACACGCAUCGGCUCAGCACCGCUGCGAUCGUGGGCAUCGCGAUCGGCACGAUCGCCACCGCCGGCCUCCUCGGCGCCGUCCUGUGGUACGUGCUACGCGAACGAGGCGACAAGCAGCGCAUACGGCCGCCGCAAAGACCGAUCGUCGACCUCAACGCCUCUCCCCUCGGCGCACACCCGCGCUCGACGUGGAUGCGCGACGUCGAGGCUGGCUUCGCCCCUCCGAUGGACCGCGGCGCGCCCCCCUCGGACCCGGAGAAGCGGCCCGCACAGAACCCGCAAGGUCACCCGUUCUUCAACGCCCUCACCAUCUCCCCGCACAGCCCGCCCGCUACGGAGAAGCCAUUCGAGGCCGCUAAGCCAUCCUCUCCCGGGGGAAGAAGCUCUGGGGAGAGCUCCCGCCCGUCGUCGUACAGGUCCUCACGGGGGCACUGGCAGAUGGUCUACCCCGCGCCCCCCGUCCCCGCACUGCCGACGUCCCCGCCAGCGUCGGCGCAGGACAAGUCGCUCCCGUCCCCGCCGGACGAACGCGCUCGGAAGGGGAUGCGCGACGUCGCCGCGGCGCCGCCCGCGACGCUGCAAGCCGCGCUACUCAAGGCGGAGAAGGGGCGGAGGAAGCAGGCGCAGGACGGGGGGCUGCGGCUCGUGGGGGGCCCGCGGACGCCGUCGGUGGGCUCGGAGGACGGGGUCGACGGGAAGCGGCAGACGCUGCCGCCGCCGUAUGCGCCGUACCCGCACGAGCGUUUUUGA